CUCUGAGGUCUCAAUAAGAGACGCGAAAUGGGAAUCCACCCCAAUUUUCCCCGAAUACACUCCAUCCAGGCUCCAUGUGACUUAAGUUGAUCGUUACGUAGCUGACCUGCAGCCGUGCCGAUAAGUUCGGCGGAGAAGCAAACAGUGCAAACACCCUUCUUAUCUGAUAGAAAUAUUUCUACGGAUCCCCUCGAAGUGUCGCAUUCUUUUCGCUACUAUUUCUAGAGGUUCUUGACUCCUGCCUUAUACGAUGUUUAAUUAGUCGGUCGAUGCCGGGCAUGUUUCCGCCAUUUUUCCAGAGUCCAUGUCAAUGGUGUGCCCCUCUGGACCUCCAACCCGACAAUGAGCAGUUCAAGCCUUUACGAGCCAGAGGAAGAUGAUGAAACAUCUGAUUCUGAUAUCGAGACGGGAAAUACGCAGUUCACCGAUCCCCCCUCGUCUCCUCCGAGUCGCAGAACCAGAUUGUCUUCUCCUCGCCAGCUCGAUGGAAGGUCCUCAUCCAGACCGGCGCAGACGCCCAGAAGGGUCUCUCGGAUGCAGAUGUUAGAGCGUUUACAGACAUCGCUUAGCAAGGAAUCAGUGCAAGCAUACUCCAACCUACUCGCGCAAACAAUAGACGACUAUACGUCCGUCGAAUCGAAGGCUGGCAGCGGAAAUUACCAAUCCACCCAAGCUGGGAUCGUGUCUUGGGCGCCGAAAGAGAAGGAAAUAUUCUUCAACGUCCUUGACAGAAAAGGGAAAGAUGGUAUCCGCGAUAUAGCUGGUGCGAUUGGUACGAAAUCAGAGCUGGAGGUCCAGGAAUAUCUCAGACUCUUGCAACGGAGACUAGAAUGGCAGCACAUGGAGGAUGAGCACAGCAGAGCAGUCGUCCUAGGCGAUUUGCCGGCGGCGGAGGAAGUAAGUAGCGAAUGCUGCGACGUCCUUGAUGAGUACUCUAAGUUGCUGGUACUCAAAGAGCAGCAAGAUGAGGAUGUUGCCGGAAGACAGAGGCAUCACGAUUUGUGGAUAAUUGAUCGAGACAAAGCAGAACUAGUAGAAGAACUAGAGACGCUGGAUCAAAAAUCCCCAGCCGGCUCAAGUGUCUACCACACGGCCAGUCUACUCAACAUCCCAAGAUGGAUCCGGCUUUCCGAGCGCUUGUUCAUGAACUUCGGGGGCGCAAGACUAGAAGAUAAUUGGGUGAACAUAGCUUACGCGGGCGAAGCACCAGCAAUAACUGCCGAUGCAUUAGCUGAGUUCUAUACUCUCACCGUAAGCGUGACACGUCGUUUGAUUCAGUCGACCCUGUUUUUCGCCAUGUCAAGACUGCGCAACAUGAGAGAUACGGGUAAUAGUAAGGCCAAGGUAGUCAAGCCGCGAGACGUUAGGACCGCGCUGGACGUGCUUAAAAUGAAACGAGACGGGUUUGACUACUGGACUGGCGUAGCAAGGCGGUGCUGUUUGGAUGUUUCGGAUUCUCGACAUAGAAAAGGAUGGAAGUCCGUUCGCCUGAGCCACGAUGAGGUGGAAGAUAUGCUGUUAAAUAGGGCACCCAUCGAUGCAGAGUCGAAUCGGAGCACAUCCAGACAAAGGUCAGAAAGCAGGUUGCAGAACACAGACGGCGAACACACAGACAGCGAUGAGGAUAAUCUGAGUAACAGUGGAAGCGAGUUCAAGCUCGAACGCUCCCCGUCCCCAACUGCACCCUUAUCACCAGAAGUCUCCAGCGAUGAAGAUGAACUCCCAUCGGAUUCUGAAAAUCAACACGCCGAGCAAGAAGACCAAAAGGCCAGUUAUCUUGGAGAGCUAGAACUUUGGAAAGCUUUGGACCGGCCAGUGCCAGAUUUUUCCGGACCCAUCAAGAAAGAAGAUCAGGGAAAUAAAAUACGCAAACCGAUAGGAGAGCGCAAAACACAGCAAGAGCUUGCAGAUUGGCGUGAAAGGACACUAUACCGAAGCGAUUGGGAGGAGCAUGGUCACGAAGUUUAUGAUAUCUAUGAAGAGAUAUCCGAGAAGCGACGAAAGCGAAGGCGUCUUGACAAUUCACGGGAUCCUUUACCUGUCACAGUUGAUGGUGAAAACAAUCAAACAGAUAAGCUCGAAGUUGAACCAACCGCUGGUGAAUAUGACGAGGACAUCAACCCGAAUGAAGACGACCACGAAGACAUAGAAAUGGACGAUUCAGCCGCCCCAGACCUAAACACCACUAUCCUUCAAGAUCAAGAAGAUCCUGAAAUUCACAAUACCCGACACAAACAAACAACCGAACUUAACUCAAACCGAAAAGGAGCGGACGAAUCAGGCCCAUCCCCACCCGCCAACACAAACCCCGGAUACCGAUCACCUAUACUAACCCGUCGGAAGCGCAUACAAGUCGAGCCCAAACAAGAAGAAAGCUCCUCUUCUGACUCAGACGACGACCUUCCUGCACCCAGGGAAUAUCCGUCCUCAGAGCAGGACGAAAGGGACGGCAUGCCUCUAUAUUCACAGCCGAUGAGUCCGGCUGAUUGGCCCAGCGAUUGAUUGGAUAUCCGUCCAUCUAAUUUUGCUAUAUACUAUGGCCCAUUUUUCGAU